AUGACCACCGAUGUAAACGAGUCGGUAUUAACACAGGAAGCAAGAAGGCAACUAAGAGAGUCCUUUUUAAGAGAUGUUAGUGAAUUGAAAGGCCAGCCAUGUCACAUUCUAACAUACGAACAGUCGACACUUGAAGCCACAUUCAAAGGUUGGAAACCAGAUGGUUCUGAAGUUAUAGUUAGUGAUCUGAAGACCCCGGCUAAUAUAAUAAUGUCAUCAGCAUUGCUCAGAACACCUGAUAUUCUGGCUAUAAAUUUUGAUACAAAUAUUAAUACCGAAUAA